UUUUGAAUGUAGUUAUCGUGUGCUUGGGCCACGGUAGCAAGCAUUCACUUUAUGGUUUUCAGAUGAGCGCUGCUUCAGCUAACAUUUAUAGUGACUGUUAGUUUGAAUUAAAUGUUUAACAUGCACAAGAAGAAAGGUCCCUUGUGGUGUAGAUUAAAAGACUGCAUAUAGGAUUGAAAAAAUGCCUCGAAAUGAACAGUUUUGCAACCUGCAUGAGCACCUAUUUACCUGUUAGUGUGAAUUAUGGCUGCAUAUAUAAACCGCACAAUAUCACUGAUGUCUGGGGACAGUCCCAGAACCCGGGGCCCAUCCUUAGAUGUAGGACCACUGGUUGAUUCCCAGUCAUUACGUGAUUCUUCCCCUCUUCAGAUCUUUGUCAAGGCAAAGAAGAAGAUCAAUGACAUAUUUGUGGAGAUUGAAGAUUACGUCCAUGAUACUGUCACAUAUAUGCAAAGUUUGCAGCAAGAAGGAAGCAUAGUAAAUUCUGAUGCUGUGCAGCAAAUUGAGGGCUACACUGUGAAGGUGAAAGGGAUACGAGAUGUUCUUACUAGGGAUCACAUGAAGGUGGCUUUCUUCGGGAGGACAAGCAAUGGUAAAAGCUCGGUAAUUAAUGCGAUGUUGCGUGAAAAAAUUCUUCCGAGUGGUAUUGGUCAUACGACUAAUUGUUUCCUACAAGUGGAAGGCUCAGAUAGUGGAGAUUCUUAUCUUGUCACAGAGGAUUCCACAGAGAAACAGAAUGUAAAGUCUGUUGGUCAGCUUGCUCAUGCCUUAUGUAAGGAAAAGUUGGGAGAAAGUCAGUUGGUGCAUAUCUACUGGCCCAAAGACAAAUGUCUGCUGCUAAGGGAUGAUGUUGUUUUUGUUGACUCUCCUGGAAUUGACGUGUCACCUAACUUGGAUGAGUGGAUUGAUAGGCAUUGUCUGGAUGCGGACGUCUUUGUGCUUGUAGCCAAUGCAGAAUCUACUCUUAUGCUUACAGAGAAGAACUUCUUCCACAAAGUAUCUACAAGAUUGUCAAAGCCUAAUAUUUUUAUUCUGAACAACCGUUGGGAUGCCUCAGCUUCUGAGCCAGAGUUUCUAGACCAGGUUCGGGUACAGCAUAUGGAACGAGGCGUUGACUUUUUGGUCAAGGAAUUGAAGGUGUGUACACAGAAGGAGGCAAAUGAAAGGAUCUUCUUCGUGUCAGCCAAAGAGGCAUUGCAGGCUCGUCUGCAGGAACAAAAAGGCCAACCUGCCCAUAGUGGUGCAUUAGCAGAUGGCUUCCCAAACCGAUACUUUGAAUUCCAAGACUUUGAAAGAAAGUUUGAAGAAUGCAUAUCAAAGUCAGCAGUGAGGACAAAGUUUGAGCAACAUUCGCAGCGAGGAAGGCUUAUUGUUUCAGAAAUACGUUCAAUUAUGGAUGGGGCAUAUGAUCAGGCACAGCAGCUAAGGAGAGAGAAAACUAUAGCAAAGAAAGAAGUUCAUGACAAACUGAACUUCACUGAGCAGCAGCUAUUACUUAUUACUCAGGAAAUGAAAGACAAGAUACGGCGAAUGGUUGAAGAUGUUGAACAAAGGGUGUCCAAAGCAUUAAGUGAAGAGAUCCGUCGCUUGGCUGUACUGGUGGAUGAGUUUAAUUUGCCGUUCUACCCUGAACAACUUGUUCUAAAUGUGUAUAAGAAAGAGCUACAUCUCCAUGUCGAAAAUGGGUUGGGUAGUAACCUCCGUGCCAGGCUUUCCACAGCACUUUCAAUGAAUAUCGAGAACAGUCAGCGUGAAAUGGCAGAACGAAUGUCAGCUCUUCUACCAGCAGACAAGAAGCAAGUUUCCCUUAAUGUUUUGCCUCGACGAGAACCUUUCGAGAUUUUAUAUCGCUUGAAUUGUGACAACCUAUGUGCUGAUUUCCAUGAGGAUUUGGAGUUUAGAUUCUCUUGGGGCCUUACAUCUAUCAUCUCGAGGUUUGCUGGCAAGAAAGCAAGCAGUCUUGCAAUAGCAAACUACUCACAGCGGAUUCCACGUGAUUUGAUGUCACCUUCAGAAAAUGUUGAUGUUCCGCACAUUAAGGGACCUUCAAGUAGUUUAGAUGAUGAAUCAAGUAUGGCUUCAAGGAUAGCAAUGGCCUCAAGGAUAGCAUUGGCUUCCACUGGCUCACAGGGAACAAUGGGUGGACUUCUAGUUGCAGGAUUUAUGCUGAAGACAGUUGGAUGGAGAUUAAUUCUCAUCACAGGUGCUGUCUAUGGUUGCAUAUAUCUGUAUGAACGUCUGACAUGGACCCACAAAGCCAAGGAACGGUCAUUCAAACACCAGUAUGUUGCCCACGCAACAAAGAAAUUACGGUUAAUCGUUGACUUGACGUCUGCCAACUGCAGCCACCAAGUCCAACAGGAGUUGUCAAGCACUUUCGCACGGUUGUGUCAACUUGUUGAUGAAGCCACCAAUCACAUGGAUGUAGAGAUCAAAACAUUGGAGAAAGAAGUAAGGCAGUUGGAAGAGGCAGCUAAUUCAGCCAAAGUUCUGCGGAACAAAGCUAACUACAUAGCAAAGGAGCUAGAAAUGUUUGUUGAUGCAUAUUUAAAAGUGCGUGACUAAGCUAGUGCUUAUGACCAAACAUAACAUCUUGUAAACCAUAGCAGAGGCUGUGUUCGUGUGACCAGUAGCUAAAAUGGAAGUUUUAAGUUGCUAGAAGUAUCACAAUUUUGUAAAUCUUAAUAGGCAAGAAUGAAUAACGUCGCAGGAUAUAAUUUUUUUCUCCCUUCCCCGCCCUGAAAAAGUAAUCAUAAUUUUGAUGGUUAAUUCACAUCAUCACAACUUCAGUGAACUAAUGAUCACUGUGGAUUGCAAUGUUCAUUGUUUUUUAGCAUAGACCACAAAGGAUAAUGUACUUUACUAAUUCUAACAAAAUAUUAACUUAAUAAUGAGGUGGUUUGUCGAUUAUCUGCAGUACUAUUACAUAAAUAAAUACAAAUUCAUAAAUUAGAUGUUAUAAAUGGACAGAGGUCUAAAAAGAAUAUUUGAGUUUUAAACUCUUGAUGCAGUGUCUUAUGGCGUUGUUACAAAGUUAAGCAGCUUUAUUGAAAUGUUGAUUUGUAUGUAGAAAACUGUUAUGAUUUCUUCAUGAAUAUGUAGUAUGGAAUUGAAGUGACUUUCCAGAAGGUUUAAAAUUUUGAUAGUGGACAGGACUCAGUACAGUGAAUACUGUAUUCAAAGUUAUGUAUAAAAUGUAUCUUAUAUUGUAGUAUAUGUGACUUUUAGGUUAGAGCAGAUUUAUGAUGGCAAAUUCAGUAACUUGGUACUCCAAAUACAUUUGUAGUGAUAAAUAUACUUGUAUUAAUUUGUAUAAACAGUAAUGUACGAUCUGUCCGUUUAAAAUUUAUCUAACAUAAACAUCAAUUUUCAAUAUUUUAUAAUAUACACUGCCUGGUCAAAAGUAUCCGGACACCCCUCUGUAAACGUAAACUCGAGCCUAGAUAUCACUACUACCGCCGCUGCUGCUAUAAAAGGAGGCAGAGGGCUCGAUGUUUAGUGCUACGCGAUACCGACAGAAUGGGUGGAGCAAGGGAGUUCAGUGACUUCGAACGUGGUAUGGUUAUUGGUUGCCACGUCAGUAAGCAAUCCGUCAGGGCCAUUUCCGCCCUUCUCAAGUUGCCCAAGUCGACUGUCGGGGACGUGAUUGUGAAGUGGAAACGGGAAGACACAACCACAACAAAAUCACGGCCGGGUAGACCACGUGUGUUGACUGACAGGGACCGUUGAGUAUUGAAGAAGGUGGUAUGGGAAAAUCGUAUGUCAUCGUGUGAUACCAUCACCCAUGAAUUCCGCAGUGCCACUAAUUGUGCCCUAGCACCAUGACUGUGCGCCGGGAGUUACGAGGACUGGGGUUCAAAGCCCAGGCACCUGCCCAUAAACCGCACAUUUCGCCUGUGAACGCUAAGCGCCGCUUUCAGUGGUGUAAAGAGUGCCGCCACUGGGCUGUGGACAACUGGAGACGCGUGAUUUGGAGUGAUGAAUCACGCUAUACCAUGUGGCAGUCCGAUGGGAGGGUUUGGGUGUGGCGAAUGCUAGGUGAAUGCUACAUUCCGGCCUGUAUAGUGCCCACAGUGAAAUUCGGCGGAGGUGGGGUGACAGUGUGGGGGUGUUUUUCAUGGAAGGGACUUGGUCCUCUCGUAAUACUACGGAGCACGUUAAAGGCGGAAGGAUAUAAGGACAUUUUGACCAGUUGCGUGUUGUCUACGAUAGAAGACCAGUUCAGAGAUGAUAACUGUGUGUUUCAGCAUGACAAUGCUCCCUGCCAUAAAGCGAGGUCUGUUCGUGAGUGGUUUGCGGACAAUAAGGUUCCGGAAUGGACUGGCCAGCCCAGAGCCCCGAUCUCAAUCCUAUUGAACACCUCUGGGACGAACUAGAAAGGCGACUGCGCGCCAGACCCCAACGACCCACAUCACUAACUACGCUUGCUACAGCGUUGCAGGAAGAAUGGUCAGCCAUUCCCCCGGCGACAUUCCAACACCUGGUAGACAGUCUCCCCCGCAGAGUUAGAGCUGUAAUAAAUGCCAAGGGUGGACUCACCCCGUAUUAAUGUCCACUACUGGGCAGUAAAUCCGAGGGACACUUAGAGGACAGUUUCGCGUAGGUGUCCGGAUACUUUUGAUCAGGUAGUGUAUAAGGCUAUGUUCUACAUCUAGUCAGGUGGCUACUUGUGAAAAUAUGAAAAUUCUGUGGCCCUGUAAAGCUUAUGUAUAUAUUCAGAGAUUAAAAAUAUUUACAUAUACUAUCAA